AUGGACGAGGAAAGUCUAAGUCGGAUUUGUGUUAGUGCCUUCUCGGAUAGUGAUAUUGUAGAAGCGAAAAACUUGUUAUUUGGAGCUAUAACAACAGGUUCAAAACGCAAUAUUACAAGGAAGAAAGAUGGGAAAAAGCAACGUGAGAUCGAAGAUAUAAUCAAUUUACUGCAGGUGACUCAUCCCAAUGACAGACCGGUUUUUGUUGCAAAAGAUCUGCAGAAACUGCCGCCUGUAUUAUUUGAUCAUGUUGACGUAACAAAGUUACUGAAAGAUCUAACAAAAAUGAGAAGUGAAAUGGAAGAAAUAAAAUCGCAAUAUGUGUCUACUAGUCAAUUGGAUUCAAUCAAGCAGGACAUAGCAGAGUUAAAAAAGUUUACCAGUGAAAACAGUUCUUGUUACUCGUAUGUAAACACAAGGCGAAGAGGUGCAACGCAUAUGAUCGACAGUUGUGAUUAUGAUAGCAGCCCGAUGGGAUUGCAACAUUUUCCUAUUACUCAAAACAAUUCAUCGGAUCAAUUGUUAUUACCUCAAAGGGAAACUGUAUCACCUCCUACCCACUAUACGUCAAAAUUAACGGAUCAGAACAACCACACAGAAUCAGAAGAUGAGAUUAAUCGGAUACAACGUGAAACGAAUUUGGGUUCACAUUUGUGCAUUGACAACAACACCGAGCAGGUACGGGCGGAGGCAUCACGGAAAAAUUACAAUAACAGCAGUGCGAGGUGCUCGGGACACACAGCCGCAGCGGACGCCCAACCGCUGUCAGAAACAGAAGCCAACAAAACGCUUGCUCAAAUUGUUAAUGAGGGAGAGUGGACCUUGGUACAGAAACAGAAGAAGAAAAUUAAAAACCGAUUUGUCGGAAAUAUAGGAAAAGCUGUAACAGAAUCUAAGAGUAAAUUUAAGGCAGCCAAUGAACAAGUAGUCUUGUAUGUCUAUCAUGUGGAUAAACAAGUGACACAGGAUGACAUCGCAGACUAUGUUAAAGAAAAGGCAGACAUCUCUGUGAAUAUUGAGAAAAUGAUAAUGAAGGUACCUAAGAGUUAUGAUGCAUAUAAAAUCUCGAUUCCUAAACUCAAAUAUGACAUUUUCAUGAGAGAUGAUUUUUGGCCUGAAGGUAUAUCCUAUCGCAGAUUUAUAGACUUUGCUAAUAAGAAAGUGAAUAAUACUAACAAGUAA